AUGUCGGGCAACGUGGUCCUCCCCAGGCACGUCCUCAAGUGGCUGCUGGGACUGGACCUCUCCCAUCCGGUGAAGAACAUCCGGAGGGACUUUUCAAAUGGCUUCCUCGUGGCCGAGAUUCUGUCGAGAUACUUUCCAUCGGAUGUGCAGAUGCACUCAUUCGAGAACGUCAGCAGCAUCGAGAGGAAGAAAUCGAAUUGGCACAUCUUGGAAGCGUUUUUCAAGAAACACCUUUUUGAAGUGGACAUAUCCCACAUCGACGACGUGAUGAACUGCAGGGCGGAGGCCACAUCAGACUUUCUGUGCAAGCUGCAUGAAGCGCUGCAUUGCGUCCAGCCGCCUUCGAGGUAG